AUGUCCUUCGCUGGAAUAGUCGAGAGCGUUGGACCCGACGUGGCCGAUUUCAAGCCAGGCGAUAGAGUCGCGACUAUCCGCGAUGGGCCCAAGGCUGCCGAUCCUCGUUUUGGAGCAUACCAGCAGUACGCUCUCGCAUCACAGACUUCGACUUCCAAACUCGCCGACGGGGUCGCUCUCGAAAGCGGUGCAACAUCCAUUCUUAAUCUUGCUGCUGUCGCAGCUGCCCUCUCGGCCGGUGGACUUGCUACGAGCUAUGCUACUGCAGCUGGAUACAAGGUCACUACGACAUCGUCGCCGAAGAAUAAAGACUUUGUGCAGUCUCUAGGUCCGUCAAUCGUCGUCGACCACUCCCAGCCUAGCGAACAUGUGUUGAGCAACAUUCGAUCUCACGGUCCAUAUGAAGCCAUCUUUGAUGCCAUCGGCCUUCCACCCGUAACCGAUCUGCUCGCCGAAUACUUACAUUCGAUUGGUGGUGGAACGUUCGCGCCUUACAGCUUAGCACUUGACAAGCCGGAGCACCAAAAAUUCAGAGCAUGGUUCUACACCGAACUGGUGCCGAGAGGGCUGCAGACGGGCAUCAUUGUACCUACAAGGCCACAGUGGAUUGAUGGUGGGUUGGGCCAGGCGCAAAAAGCCCUGGAUUUGAUGAUGGAGGGCAAAGUCAGUGGUAGAAAACUUACAUCUAAUGUGCCAGACGCGGUAGCGCAUGUCCAAGAAAAUGCAGGACAGUCGUGA